UGAUGCAAAAACACACAAUUAUAUAUAAUUUUAUUAAAUACAUAUUUAUGAUAAGUUUAAAACUGCCGUCUUAAUCUCCCCUCCAUGCGAUCAUCAGCUGUUGUUUUGAUUGUUUUCCCGGCAAUUUGUAUUACAUACAAUUUUGAUUUUAAAACAAAUUUUUAGCUGUGUACCCUUUAAUGGAGCAUGAUGGAGCACACCAACAGAGUGAUAGUCUUAAUUGACAUGGAUUGUUUCUAUUGUCAAGUUGAGGAAAAUUUAGACCCCCGUUUAAAAGGACUUCCAAUUGCUGUGGUCCAAUAUAAUGCUUGGAGAGGCGGAGGCAUAAUCGCCGUAAAUUACCCCGCCAGAGACAAAGGCGUGACCCGGCACAUGAGAGGCGAAGACGCCAAAGCCAAAUGCCCCGAAAUCCAAUUGGUUAGAGUCCCAGAAGUCAGAGGCAAGGCUGACUUGACCAAAUACCGAGAGGCAGGCAAACGAGUUGCUGAAGUGUUGCAAACCUUCACUACUUUGUUGGAGAGGGCGUCAGUUGAUGAGGCCUACCUGGACAUCACCCAAGAAGUGAAUAGAAAAAUUGAAGCUGAGUGCAAACAAAUCCCCGUGGAUAAAAUGAGAAAUACUCACAUAGUAGGGCAGGAAACCAGUGACUUCUUAAUUAACUCUUACUCAGACCGUGAAUAUUGUGAGAGUAACUAUAAGCUGGCAGUCGGAGGGCUCAUUGCUGAAGAAAUUAGAGCUGCCGUGUUCCAAAAGACAGGGUAUAAAUGUUCUGCAGGUAUUGCUCACAAUAAACCACUAGCAAAACUAGUUUGUGGCCUACACAAGCCAAAUCAACAAACAAUUUUACCCCACGACUCAGUGUCCAUUUUAUACAAAGACUUGCCCAUUAAGAAGAUGAGAAGCAUGGGGGGAAAGUUUGGUGAAACAGUCUCUCAGGUGUUGAAAAUAGAAAAAAUGAGUGAACUAGUUAAAUUCAGUCUGAGGGAUCUAACGCAACAUUUCGAUGAGAAAACGGCUAACUGGUUGUACAACAUAGCUAGAGGCAUUGAUGUGGACCCAGUAACUAUCCGACUAAUCUCCAAGUCAAUUGGAUGCUGUAAAAAGUUCCCUGGCAGGACCAGCCUGAUACUACAAGAAGAUGUGGACCAUUGGAUGGGGGAGUUGGCGACAGAAAUUGCAGAACGUCUGGAAAAAGAUGUCGAAGAAAACGCCAGAAGAGCUAAAAAUAUUACCGUGAGUUUUGCACAGAAGGACGUGUCGAGGACAAGAACCCAAGCUUUAAAUUCGUAUGACAUGAGUAGGAUUAAACAAAUUGGUUUGGAUGUUUUAAAAAGGUAUUGCCUAAAACCAGACGGAAAAUAUAAUAUUACGUUUUUGGGGCUUAGUGUUGGUAAUUUUGAGACUACUAAAAAUGUUCCAAACAUUUAUUCGUUUUUCAAAAACAAUCAAAAAGCUGACUCAAUAAACUUAGGUGCUAAAGAUGAGCAAGAAUUAAAUGAAAAUUGGCUAGAGGACAAAACAGAAGACAUAAAUCAAAGUAAUGACUUAACAAAUCAAGAAGUGGAUGGGAGUAAUUCAUCAAUUUAUUCAGCCUCCACAGUAGAUUUAAAUGAAGAUCAUGACAAGCUCACAUUUUAUGAGGAUGCUGUAACUAAUAAAGAUGCAUCACCAGAACCACCAGUUGAAAAUAAUAUAAUAAACCAAGCCCCUAAUUCACCUGAAAGUAAUUCACACAAUUCGUUCUUUAAAAAUUAUUUUAAAAUGGAAAGUGAACGAAAAUAUGAUACAUCUAAAAUGUUUCAAACAGAAGAGCAAGUUGAUUCAAAUGAUGGAUUAGAUGAAGAUGCAAUUGAACAAGAAGAUUUAGAAGUUGAAUAUGCUUUAACCAAACCUUGCCCUCAAUGCAAUCAAAGAAUACUGGUAGAUCAAUUUCAGUCACAUUUAGAUGCACAUCUUGAGGAAAGUUUAUGUAUGAACGACGACUCAAAAUCACCAAUUUUAUCAAAAGCAAAACAGAGUAACAAUGAAAUGUAUAAUAAUAACUCAACACAACUUGAAACAAGUACCUUUGUAACUGAGAAAUUAGAAGAAACUUGUCAGGAAUGUGGUAAAACAAUACCCUUGUCAGAAAUGGUGUCACACACGGAUUACCACUAUGCAAUAAAAAUGGUUAAGGAAGAGUCCCAUCUAUACAAAACUCCACAACCCUCAAACAACCUUAAAACGGACAAAACAUCCAAAAAGAAAAAUUUAAAAAGAAAACUCACCAAAGACAACUCCAUCAAAACGUUCUUCAAGACUGAACAAUUGAACGACGUUAAUUCCAGUAUUUGCCCAACUUGCAAUAAAAGGGUGAAGCUGGAGGAAUUUGAAAGUCAUGCUGACUAUCAUGCUGCCAAAAAGCUACAUCUGGAAUUGAAUUCCAGCAAAAAUGAGCAAAGUUCGGUGAAGGGUAUCGCAGCUUUUUUUAAAUAGCACAUUUUAUUGUUUGAUUUUAUUAUUUUAAAGUGUACAUUUAUGUUUUUAUUAUUUUAUUUACCAAUAAAUAUUAUAUUUUGAAA